AGCAAGGCAAUUUGAGCAAACGAUAGAGCACAUAAUGAAAUGACUAUGAAAUAAAUCACCGCUCAAAACAGUGCCCACCUGAGGCGUCGGGGGUCACACCGGGGAUGCAAGCGCGUUCGUCGCGUUAUCAAACCACGCUAAUUUGCGUCCGCUGCAAGGAGAUAUCUUACAGUUGAUAGCCCACUACUCAUCUGAAUAGGUUUAAGCCGGAAAUCCUGACUGCCACGCUUGAACGCUUCUCUGCAAACCUGACUCUGCCAAACCUGACGAUUCCUACAGCACUGUGUCUCGCAAGCUAAACAAGAUGAUAUGGUCUUCGACAUUAGCUGGCGGGGCGGAUUGAAUAGGCCCUCUGGCGGGGCGCACUGACUAGGCCCUCGCAGAAUGGCCACUGCUGCCCGACAGCUGGAGCGGGAGACCGACGCAAUCCUAGACAAUGCUGAAGAUGAUGGACAUGGUGCUGGCGCUAGGUACGACUACACCCAGGAGGAGCUGUUGAACCUGGGGGAGCGGUCGCGGCAGGGGAAGCACUCUAAGGGAACCACCAGAACAUACAACUCACAGCGCAACAAGCUCGAGGCGGUAUGCAGGGAGAAAGGCGUCGAUAUUACGCGGGUGUACGGGUCAGAGCUGGCUGCCCUCAUGGGAGUCGUCUUCAGAAAGAUGGCGGACGACAAGCUGGGGAAGAAGUCACUGGAGGGCGCACGGAGCAUGGCGGUGGCCCUGGACCGGUCAAACCGCUUCGGUCUAGCGGCCACAGAGCCGCCAGUUGGCGAACACAAGAUCUUCAAGGAGGAGUACAGCCUGGCGGUCCGGAAGGCGGUGGGCUGGAAGGGUGACAGGCCACCGGGCGAUCCACAAGCUGGGACAGUCAAUGACGCCUACACGCCAGAGCAGUUCACUGGUGCCUGCAAACUGCUGGCCAGUGGCGAUGCAGCGGCGGAAACGCUUGGCACGUGGAGCACCUACAAGCAGGCGUUGUGCGGCCUGACCCUGCUCCUUUUGCACCACACCGUGUCGCGUGGUGAUGACAGCAGGCUUUUCCGCCUGUGCGACAUCGGCCGGCCUCGGGAGGCAAUGAACAUCGGGCCCUGCAAGGCCAGGCUUCUGCCCAUCAUGUUGUACGGCGGCAAGACGCAGGGCAUGAGCAAUCGUGCUGCAACAGUGGCGUUCUUGCGUGGCGCGACGGCUGUGCUGUGUUGCGUGCGUGCGCUGGCUGAGUACUUGUACGUUCGGUUCGGCCUGCAAGCGGGCGUGAGCGAGGCGUACCCCGUCUUCACCCCUGACGAUCCCGAGGACUGGCUGAAUCGCCCGCUGAUGCGCGCCUACGACAACCGCGGGAAAGCAGUGCCCGCGGACGAGGAGAGCCACAGCCCGGGAAAUGGCGAGGUGCAGGAGAACGACGGGGCGCCGGAGGACGACGGGGCGCCGGAGGACGACGGGGCGCCGGAGGACGAGGCUAUGGGCCAUGGGCGCGGGCGGGGCCGUGGACGGGGCCGUGGCCGCAGCCGUGGAACCGGCCGUGGGCGCGGCCGUGGGACCGGCCGCGGGCGCGGCCGUGGGUGCACCAGCGGCACGGAGGGCAGCGGCGAGGAGAGCAGCGGCGAGGAGAGCAGCGGCGAGGAGGGCUGUGAGGAGGAGCAGCAGCUCAGAGGGGCGGAAGGCGACGAGGCGGCUGCUGGCCACCGAGGGCGUGGCCGAGGGCGUGGCCGUGGGAGCGGGCGUGGCCGUGGCCGUGGCCGCGGUAAAGCUGCGGGGGGCGGGGGGACUGCCAGGCGGUCCGCUGGUGGGCGUGGCCGCGGCAUGAGUGAGGCCCAGGCGGCGUGCCGCAUCCGCAGCACCUUGCGCAGCUACAAGGCCGCCGUCAAGUCCCUGGACUACACGCAGCAGCUCAAUCUGGUGGACGAGCUGUUCCGCCUCCUGGCAAUCAUCACCCGCAAGAAGACGCACGCGUUCCGUGUGGGCGCCGCGCAGUGGCUGGACUCGGCUGGGGCGUCCAAGACAGUCAUCGAGCGGCUGGGGCGCUGGUUCAACAACGAGGCCAUCGUCAACUCCUACCUCCUGCAGCAGCCUCCCGAGGGCCUGCUGCUGCUGGCGGGCUUCCUGUAUAAGGACAAGGGCCAGACGAUGAGCAGCGCCUACUGGGCGCCGCGAUUCAUGGCUGGCAUCCCGGCGGUGGUGAUGGAGGAGUGCAAGGUGGCGCUGUUCCCGUUCUUGCCGCAGCUGCGCGAGACGGUGGAUGCCAUGGGCACGGAGUUGCGCCUUGAAUACAUGUCUGUGUGCAACAACUUGAGCGCCAUGGAGUACAUCAGCGAGUGCGCCGUGCAGGACACGCUGGAGCUUGCCGACACCGCCCCACGCAACGUAAUGGUGCUGCGGCUGCAGCAGAUUCCGGGUUGGGUGGCCGUCCGCAACGCGUACGCGAGCGCCCUGGUACAGCAGCGAAUCGCCGUGACCAAACCACCCGUCCAGCUCGACAUCCUCGCUGGGCUGCAGCAGCAGGUGUCUGUGCUGCCGCUGCAGCUCUUCGCCGUCAUUGGCGAGAUCCAGCGGGCACAGCAGGAGCGGGAGGCUAGGCUGCUGGAGAGCUUCAAGCGCUUGCUGGCGGAUAAGGAGGCAGCCGCUGGCCGCAACUUGCUGGCGGGAGGCAGCGGAGCUGCAGGUGGCUUGGACGAGCCGCAGAUGUACGCGCAGUCGCAACGGCAGUCUGACCUGCUGCAGGAGGUGCUGACACCGACGCGGGCCACCCAGCAGGCACCCUGCUCGGGUGACGGCACACAGCAGCCACAGGAACUGCAGCAGCAGCUGCGGCCCCGGCAGCUUUGGGCUGCGCCGGUGGUCGGCGUGGGGGCAGGCGGGGCAUACGGCGGGGAGCAGCUUGGCGGCAGCCAGACCAGCCCGAGCCACUUUGGCAUGCCGCCGCAGCCGCCGCAGCAGCAGCAACAGCCGCAGCCACCGCAGGCUUGGGCUGCGCCGGUGGUCGGUGUGGGGGCAGGCACGGCGUACGGUGGGGAGCAGCUUGGCGGCAGCCACACGGGCCCAAGCUUCGGCGUGCCGCAGCAGCAACAGCCGCAGCCAUGGGCCUCGGCACUUCCGCCGCACUUCGUGUCCCCCAGCCUCAGCCAGCUGCGCCAUGCGGCAACACAGGCAGCGGCUGCUGUGGCUGCAGCUGCCGCCAAGGCACAGGCCAGCCCAGGCUACACCGGCACGCCGCCGCCGCAGCAGCAGCAGCAGCAACAGCCGCCGCCCCCGCACGCUUGGGCUGCGCCGGUGGUCGGUGCGGGGGCAGGCACGGCGAACGGUGGGGAGCAGCUUGGCGGCAGCCACACGGGCCCAAGCUUCGGCGUGCCGCAGCAGCAACAGCCGCAGCCAUGGGCCUCGGCACUUCCGCCGCACUUCGUGUCCCCCAGCCUCAGCCAAGCACACAUGCAGGUGCAAGGCAUGGCGUCACAGGGUGCGGUGGUUGGCGGUGUGCACGUUGGAGGGCAGGGCGUCAAUGGCCUGACUGGCCUGGGCUAUGCCGGCGCGCAGCAGCAACAGCCGCAGCCAUGGGCCUUGGCACUGUCACCGCGCUUCGUGUCCCCCAGCCACAGCCAGCUGCACCAUGCGGCAACACAGCCAGCGGCUGCAGCUGCCGCCGGGGCACGCAGCCAGGCCAGCCCAGGCUACACCGGUGCACCGCAGCAGCAGCUGCGGCCAAGCCAGCUUUUGCCCAGCUACAGGCCGGCACACAUGCAGCUGCACGGCACGGUGCCACAAGGUGCGGCCGUUGCGGCUGCUGUGGCGGCUGCUCGUGCCAGCCUUCUUGCGGUGCAACCGCGAGGCAUUCCGGCUGGGCAACUGGUUAACGUGCUAUCUCCGACACGUGGUGUUGUGCCAGCGGCCAAUGCCUGGCAAGCAGGGCUGCCUCAUGGGGUGGGAGGUGGGGCCGUAGGCCUGGCUUCGGGCACGCUGCAGCCCUUGAUGGUGGUACAGCAGCACCAGUACCAGAACCACACGGUACUGCAGCAGGCGGGGGCAGCGCUGUCCCGGCAGCAGGUGGUGGCGGACAACCCCCAUCACCAACAGCAGCAGCCGCAGCAGCCGCAGCCAGGCGACGACAGAGGCGGAAGCAGUGGGGCUAAGGGCUACACACAGCGUGAGCUACAGCAUCUGCCAUCAGGGCAGGCUCCCUGGCCAAGCAUGAAGACGGCCUUAGAGCUUUACGACGUGUGGACCCACGGCCACGGCAACGGCCCUUCCCUUCACUCCUUGGUCGCCACAUACGGGCGUGCGUGGCGGCCCACGUGGCUGAAGCAGAGGUGGAGCGAGGUGGCUUGGAUGUACGACAACUUGAUUUGCCGCACUGCUGCAAUGCGGCGGUGCUCAGAAAAGCAGGCCGCCAUGUUCUGGACGGAGAAGCAGCAGCAGAAGGGCUUGGGCAGCCUAAACCAGCUGUUGAAGUACGCAAAAGCAAUGACCCAGGAGGAGCUGGAUGACUAUAUCUCAUGCCGCCGUGAGGCGGCCUUUGUGUCGCCAGCAAAAGGGCAGCAGGCGGCAGCCCGCGUGGAGCGGACUGAAGUGCUUCUGCAGCAACUCCGUGCUGCGAGCACGGUGGGCGCCGAGCGCAGCGGCCAAGCCCCUGCUGCUGGUGUGCCGGCGCCACUGCCACCGCAGCAGCCGCCGCAGCCGCCGCAGCAGCCGGGCUCUGGUGGCGGUGCGGCGGGCUUCGGCGCAGUGGACGUUGGGGGGUUGAGCACGGUGGGCGCCGAGCGCAGCGGCCAAGCCUACGCCGCUGCUGCGCCGCCGCCACCGCAGCAGCCGCCGCAGCCGCCGCAGCCGCUGCAGCAGCCGGGCUCUGGUGGCGGUGCGGCGGGCUUCGGCGCAGUGGACGUUGGGGGGGUGAGCACGGUGGGCGGCGAGCGCAGCGGUCAAGCCUACGCCGCUGGUGUGCUGGCGCCACUGCCGCCGCCGCCACAGCAGUAUCAGCCGGCGCAGCCGCCGCAGCCACCGGGCUCUGGUGGCGGUGCGGCGGGCUUCGGCGCAGUGGGCGUUGGGGGGGCGAGCACGGUGGGUGCCGAGCGCAGCGGCCAAGCCUACGCCGCUGCUGCGCCGCCGCCACCGCAGCAGCCGCCGCAGCCGCCGCAGCCGCUGCAGCAGCCGGGCUCUGGUGGCGGUGCGGCGGGCUUCGGCGCAGUGGACGUUGAGGGGGUGAGCACGGUGGGCGCCGAGCGCAGCGGCCAAGCCUACGCCGCUGGUGUGCUGGCGCCACUGCCGCCGCCGCCACAGCAGUAUCAGCCGCCGCAGCCGCUGCAGCAGCCGGGCUCUGGUGGCGGUGCGGCGGGCUUCGGCGCAGUGGACGUUGGGGGGGUGAGCACGGUGGGCGGCGAGCGCAGCGGUCAAGCCUACGCCGCUGGUGUGCUGGCGCCACUGCCGCCGCCGCCACAGCAGUAUCAGCCGGCGCAGCCGCCGCAGCCACCGGGCUCUGGUGGCGGUGCGGCGGGCUUCGGCGCAGUGGGCGUUGGGGGGGCGAGCACGGUGGGUGCCGAGCGCAGCGGCCAAGCCUACGCCGCUGCUGCGCCGCCGCCACCGCAGCAGCCGCCGCAGCCGCCGCAGCCGCUGCAGCAGCCGGGCUCUGGUGGCGGUGCGGCGGGCUUCGGCGCAGUGGACGUUGAGGGGGUGAGCACGGUGGGCGCCGAGCGCAGCGGCCAAGCCUACGCCGCUGGUGUGCUGGCGCCACUGCCGCCGCCGCCACAGCAGUAUCAGCCGCCGCAGCCGCUGCAGCAGCCGGGCUCUGGUGGCGGUGCGGCGGGCUUCGGCGCAGUGGACGUUGGGGGGGUGAGCAUGGUGGGCGCCGAGCGCAGCGGCCAAGCCUACGCCGCUGGUGUGCUGGCGCCACUGCCGCCGCCGCCACAGCAGCAUCAGCCGGCGCAGCCGCUGCAGCAGCCGGGCUCUGGUGGCGGUGCGGCGGGCUUCGGCGCAGUGGACGUUGGGGGGGUGAGCACGGUGGGCGCCGAGCGCAGCGGCCAAGCCUACGCCGCUGGUGUGCUGGCGCCACUGCCGCCGCCGCCACAGCAGCAUCAGCCGGCGCAGCCGCCGCAGCCACCGGGCUCUGGUGGCGGUGCGGCGGGCUUCGGCGCAGUGGACGUUGGGGGGGUGAGCACGGUGGGUGCCGAGCGCAGCGGCCAAGCCUACGCCGCUGCUGCUCCGCCGCCACCGCAGCAGCAGCAGCAGCAGAAUGGUGGCGGCAAAGGCCGUAAGCGCGCCAGGGCUAGCGGUGACGACACGGACCAGCGGCGCCUUCCUCAGGUUUCCAACUGCUACAUGCUGUGGGUGAAGGACAAGAAAGCAGAGGCGAAAGCAGCUGGAGUCAAGGAGGACUGGGUGGGCCUGCCUAGCCGGGAGCAGACCAAAGCGCUCUCCAAAAUUUGGAAGGCGCUGCCCAUUGAGGUGAAGGACACGUACAAGGCAAAGAGCAUGCUGCUGAGGUUGGAGCGGCAACAGAUGUGACACAGCUGGUAAGGCUGAUGCACUGUCUGGUGGUAUAGCGAACGGUGAUAGGUAGGGCAAGGCGGCGCAGCGGCGGCAGCGGCGAUGUAAGGCUGGCGUGGUGUUGGACAUGGCAAGGCACUGUGGCGCAGUGAUUGGAAUGACAUUGCUUCAGAAUAUGUUACAGGGAGAGGGGUUUCCACCCUAUCAGUCCGCAUAUGACAUGUGAUCCUCGGACCAGAGUGCCGCUGCCACUAGCCAAGAGCCUGCAGUUCUUCAUGAGCGCUCCUCCUCCUAAAUUUGUUAAGCCAGCCAACUCAUUCAACUCGUCCUGACCGCUGCCCUCAACUAGUUCUGGCCACUGCCCUCAGCUCGUCCGCGCCGCUGCCCUCAACUAGUUCUGGCCACUGUG